UUUAUUAUUAUUAUUAUUAUUAUUAUUAUUAUUAUUAUUAUUAUUAUUAUUAUUUACUACAUUCAUAUAUCCCUGUGGAAUGAAGUCCAGGAUGGGAGAAAGAACCCUUGCCGUUGCCCUUGGCCAGCUUGAUCAGCACCGAAUGGCCUUGCAGCUUCAAAGCCUGGCUGAUAACUUUUGUUGGGGGGUGUUAGCUGGCCCUGAUUGUUUCCUGUCUGGAAUUUCUGUUUUCUGAGUGUUGAUCUGUGGAACGAUGCCCAGGCUUGGAGGAAGAACCCUUGGCCAGCUUGAUCAGUACCAAAUGGCCUUGCAGCUUCAAAGCCUGGCUGAUACUUUUGUUGGGAGGUGUUAGCUGGCCCUGAUUGUUACAUGCCUGGAAUUCCUGUUUUAUGAGUGUUGAUCUGUGGAAUGAUGUCCAGGGUGGAAGAAAGAAUCCUUGUUGUGGCCUUUGGCCGGCUUGAUUAGCACUGAAUGGCCUUGCAGCUUCAAAGCCUGGUUGGUAUUUGGUUGGGAGAUGUUAGCUGGCCCUGAUUGUUUCAUGCCCGCAAUUCCUUUUUUUCUGAGUGAAUGUCCAGGGUGGGAGAAAGAACCCUUCUCGUUGCCCUUGGCUGGCUUGAUUAGCACUGAAUGGCCUUGCAGCUUCAAAGCCUGGCUGAUAACUCUUCUUGGGAGGUGUUAGCUGGCCCUGAUUGUUUCGUGUCUUUUUUUUUUUUCUGAGUGUUGUUCUUGUUAGGGUGCGUGGUCUCUUGAGCCCCAAAAGUAAAUAAACCCAAUGAGGAAAAAAAUAAGUAAAUAAACCCAAUGAGAAAAAAAAAGUAAAUAAACCCAAUGAGAAAAAAAUAAGUAAUAAUUAACCCAGUGAGAAAAAAAUAAGAAAAUAAACCCAAUGAGGAAAAAAAUAAGUAAAUAAACCCAAUGAGAAAAAAAUAAGUAAUUAAACCCAAUGAGGAAAAAAAAUAAGUAAAUAAAUCCAAUGAGAAAAAAAUAAGUAAAUAAACUCAAUGAGGAAAAAAUAAGUAAAUAAACCAAAUGAGAAAAAAAUAAGUAAUUAAAUCCAAUGAGAAAAAAAUAAGUAAAUAAACCCAAUGAGAAAAAAAUAAGUAAUUAAAUCCAAUGAGAAAAAAAUAAGUAAAUAAACCCAAUGAGAAAAAAAUAAGUAAUUAAAUCCAAUGAGAAAAAAAUAAGUAAUUAAAUCCAAUGAGAAAAAAAUAAGUAAUUAAACCCAAUGAGAAAAAAAUAAGUAAUUAAACCCAAUGAGAAAAAAAAAUAUAUUAAAUCGAAUUACUUAGUGGCUUGGAGUGGAAAGGGGCGUGGCUUAAAGGGAGGGGCGGGGCCAGCAAGAGGAAGGGGAGGGGACAAAGCCCCUCCCCUGAGUGCGCAUGCGCGGACUCCAUGUGUAAGAGGCGCCUUUGGAGAAAGGAGGGGGCGGCCGGAUUAGAGGAAGGAAGGAAGGAAAGAAGGAAGGAAAAGAGAGAGAAAAAGAAGCCUUUUUGGGGGAGAAAGAGAGAAGAAAAAAGGAUCUUCUUGCCCCAAGUGGAUCCCUCUGGGGCUUUGGGACCUCCGGAAGAGAAGAAGAAGUUGAGUCUCGGAAGAGUUGGAGGAGAAGGAAGAAGAGGAGGAGUUGGACUACGUCUCCCUGGAAGAUCGGGACCACCCUUCUCCUGAACCCAUGACCAUCUGGGACAGGGCCCCACAAUGACGGAGGAGGCUUGUCGGACACGGAGCCAGAAGCGAGCGCUGGAGCGAGAGGUCACCCCGAACGACGUGGACAGUAAGAAGAUGAAGGUGGACCCGGGACCCCCGGUUGGGGACGACUCCGGCGGAGAAACGGACCCCCACGUGGAUGCGGGGAAAGGAGGCGAGGCCGAUGGCAAGGCCGAAGGGACCGCCGGGGACGAGCCGGUGGAUAUGAGCACCUCCAAAAGCGAUGGCAAGCGUGAGCGGCGGGUCCCUUCGCCGGACGUCAUCGUUUUGUCGGACAACGAGCCCUCCAGCCCCCGGGUCAACGGCCUGGCCAAGAGCCCCCCGAAAGACACCAGCGCAGAGGCCCUCAUGAAGAGCAGCCCGGAGGAGCGUGAGCGCCUGAUCAAGCGUCUGAAGGAGGAGCUGCGCCUGGAGGAGGCCAAGCUGGUGCUCCUCAAGAAGCUGCGCCAGAGCCAGAUCCAGAAGGAGACCUCCGCCCAAAAGCCCGUGGGCUCUUCCGGAAACGCCGCGGCCACCCCGCCGCCCCUGGUGCGAGGGACGCAGAGCCUCACCUCGGGCAAGUCGGCCCUCCUGCAGAAUUCCUCGCGUAUUCCUGGGACAAUAAUCCCUCCGCCGUUGAUCCGGGGCGGGCAGCAGGCCUCCUCCAAGCUGGGCUCCCAGCAGAACACGCAAAUCGUCAUGCCUCCUCUCGUCCGAGGCGCCCAGCCGCUGUCUGUGUCUGCGCAGCAGCUGCACCCUCUGCGCCAGGGCUCGGGCUCGGGCCCUCCUCCGCUGCUGCUGGCCCCGCGGGCCUCGGUGCCCAGCGUCCAGAUCCAGGGCCAGCGCAUCAUCCAGCAGGGACUCAUCCGCGUCACCAACGUCCCCAACGCCAGCCUCCUGGUCAACAUCCCGCAGGGCUCGUCGAACUCGCUGAAGGGGUCCUCCUCGGGGUCGGGGUCCCAGGGGAGCACGGCGGGGGGCCUGGCCUCGAGCGUGGCCUCCAUCGUGAACUCGAGCGAGUCCCCGGCCAGCCGUCAGGCGGCGGCCAAGCUGGCCCUGCGGAAGCAGCUGGAGAAGACGCUGCUGGAGAUCCCGCCCCCCAAGCCCCCGGCCCCCCAGAUGAGCUUCCUGCCCAGCGCCGCCAACAACGAGUUCAUCUACCUGGUCGGCCUGGAGGAGGUGGUCCAGAACCUGCUCGAAGCCCAAGGCAAGGUCCCGGUGGCUCCGUCCUGGCAGGACCCGUUCCGGUGUGUGCAGUGCAAGACGGACUUCACGUGCCGGUGGCGGGAGGAGAAGGGCGGGGCCAUCAUGUGCGAGACCUGCAUGUCCUCCAACCAGAAGAAGGCCCUCAAGGCCGAGCACACCGCCCGCCUCAAGGCCGCCUUCGUCAAGGCCCUGCAGCAGGAGCAGGAGGUCGAGCAGCGCAUCCUACAGCAGGCCACUGCCACCGCCGGCUCCGCCCCCCCCGGCAAGGCCGACCCCCUCGCCCCCCAGCACCACCCCCUCAAGCAGGCCUCCAGCCAGCUGUCCCGAAGCGCCGGCGCUCCCCGCGGGGUCUUGCACGCGUUCAGCCCCUCGCCCAAGUUGCAGAACGCCUCUGCCGCCUCUGCCGCCUCUGCCGCCUCCGCUGCUGCUGCCGCCUCCUCCGGCGUGGCCGUGCUGGGCGGCAGGCAAGGUAAGCGCGCUCAGCGGCCCGGCGGGAAAGGAGGCCCCUGCGCCUGGAAGAAGACCCUCGGAAACCCAGGCGGGUCGCUGAAUUUCGUGAGCCCGGGCCUGGCGGUGCACAAGACAACGGCGGGCUCCUCGGCCGUGGACCGCCAGCGCGAGUACCUCCUGGACAUGAUCCCCCCGCGGUCCAUCCCGCAAUCGGCCACCUGGAAAUAAGGCCCAAUCCGGCCUCUCCGUUUUCCCCGCAUCGUUUUUUUCUUCGUUCCUACUUUUCAUCGGGAUUUAUUUUUUUCACUCCUCGCUCCGCCGAGACCUCGUCGCGCUUGGAUCUACAAGUCGGGACCGGGACGAA